GUGGCGGCCGGGGGGGGGGGGCCGGGGAGCGCCGCGGAGCCGCCGCCCGGGGACGGAGCCGGUGCCGAGGCCGCCGCCGGGACACGAUCGUUUGGCGGCGUCGGGAGGGGGGAGGCCGGCACCGGGACCCCCCCCCCCCCCCCCCCCCGUCGUCGUCGUCCUCCUCCUCCUCCGUUAGGGCCCCCCCCGCCAGCAGCACCGGCACCAUGUCCGGGCGCGGCCACGCCAAGCUGCCGACCACCGAGCGCAUCGUUAAGGCCGUCCCGUUCCCUCCCACGCAGCGGCUCACUCUGAAGGAGGUGUUCGAGGACGGCAAGCCUCGCCUCGACGUCCUGAAGAGCCACUUGGUAAAGGAAGGGCGCCUGGAAGAGGACGCGGCGCUCAAGAUCAUCAACGAUGGGGCCGCCAUCCUGCGGCACGAGAAGACGAUGAUCGAAGUGGAGGCUCCCAUCACAGUGUGCGGUGACAUUCACGGGCAGUUUUUUGACCUGAUGAAGCUCUUUGAAGUGGGAGGAUCCCCCAACAACACCCGCUACCUCUUCCUGGGAGACUACGUGGACAGAGGCUACUUCAGUAUAGAGUGUGUGCUGUAUUUAUGGAGUUUAAAGAUAAAUCAUCCCAAAACGUUGUUCCUCCUUCGAGGAAACCACGAGUGCAGGCACCUCACAGAAUACUUCACCUUUAAACAAGAGUGUCGAAUCAAGUAUUCGGAGCGAGUGUACGAUGCGUGCAUGGAUACCUUUGACUGUCUUCCUCUUGCUGCCCUCUUAAACCAGCAAUUUCUGUGUGUUCACGGAGGACUGUCUCCAGAAAUCACGUGUCUAGAUGACAUUAGGAAAUUAGACAGGUUUAAGGAGCCUCCAGCCUUCGGCCCGAUGUGCGACCUGCUCUGGUCCGAUCCGUCGGAAGAUUACGGCAACGAGAAGACAGUGGAGCAUUUCGCCCACAACACCGUUCGAGGCUGCUCCUAUUUCUACAGUUACCCUGCAGUUUGUGAUUUUUUGCAGAACAAUAGUUUGUUAUCUGUGAUCCGAGCUCACGAAGCCCAGGACGCUGGGUACCGAAUGUACAGGAAGAGCCAGACAACAGGCUUUCCGUCGUUAAUCACAAUCUUCUCUGCACCAAAUUACCUAGAUGUCUAUAACAACAAGGCUGCUGUACUGAAAUACGAAAACAACGUCAUGAACAUAAGGCAGUUCAACUGUUCCCCUCAUCCGUACUGGCUUCCAAACUUCAUGGAUGUCUUCACAUGGUCUCUGCCUUUUGUGGGAGAGAAGGUCACAGAAAUGCUCGUUAACAUCCUCAACAUAUGCUCCGAUGAUGAGUUGAUUUCAGAUGGCGAUGAGACAUUGGAAGAUCACUACAUUUCAAGCUAUCAGAAAGGUGGGACAACAGUCCGUAAAGAGAUCAUCAGGAAUAAGAUUAGAGCCAUUGGGAAGAUGGCACGUGUCUUCUCGGUCCUUCGAGAGGAAAGCGAGAGCGUGCUGACCCUCAAAGGCCUGACUCCCACAGGUACCCUGCCCCUGGGAGUGCUCUCAGGGGGGAGGCAGACCCUGCAGACCGCCACAGUAGAAGCGGUAGAGGCACGGGAAGCCAUCCGUGGAUUUUCGCCCCAGCACAAGAUCCGCAGCUUCGAGGAAGCCCGAGGGCUCGAUCGCAUCAACGAGCGCAUGCCGCCGCGCAAAGAUUCAAUGCACUCGGACGGGCCGGUGAACUUGGUAACCUCAACAAACUCUGCGGACAAGAACGGCACAGGGAAGAAAGCCCAGUAACGGUCCGAGCGCCCGGUCUGCACCACUAAAGGAUCCAAAACUUAAUGAAUUUUAUUUAUUUAUUAUUGGGGUGGGGUGGGGGCAGGGGAGAAACCAACUUCACCUGGAGGCACGUUCAUAAUCCAGUUUGCAUCCAUUCUGUAAGAAAGGUGACCAUUUUGUAAUUUUUUUAUUUAUGUUCGAUAUAUAAAAAAAAAAGUCCAUCUUUUUUUUUUUUUUUUUAAUUUAGAAACCAAUCUAACUGCUAGCGCAUAUUCCCAAGUGUUGUGCUGUACAGCUGACCUCUCCUCCGUGGGAGGCAAACCUCGGCGGGGGGAUUAAACCGAAACAAAACCAGUCCCAGGCAACUUGGGUCGUCCCCUUUGGUACAAUUCUCAGUUAGCCUGUGCUUUCCAAAGCAGGUCCUUUUAAAAUAGGGUUGGUUUGGUUUUUCUUUCUCUUUUUUUUUUUUGUUCACGGCUGUCUUCUUCCCAGAGUUUGCUGUUGUUUUCUUCGGCUUCUUGCCCACCUGCAUCUGCUGCUCGAGCCAGCGAUCCCUCCGGAGGCGCGUUGCGUGCUGCGGUGAGCGGCUCAGGUCCGGCCCCGUGCUUCAGAGGUGACCUCCCAGUGCGUGCUCCCGAUCAGCUUGAAGGCCUCGGGGUGUCUCGUAGCAGCCGGGGCACCUUUCCCUUCGGUAAUUCGGUUUUAUUCCAGCGGAGCCCAAAGCAAAAAGCAGCCUCUGGUUAGGAUCGGGGGAAGGGGGGGGCAGGCGCGUCCUUCCGAGCCUUGGCCCUCGGGACCCCGCGUGGCUGCGGUCCCUUUGGGAACCCUCUGAUUCACGGCAGAGGAAUUAUCUUCGGGAAACAUGCGUGGCCUCAAUUUUUAUGGGAAAAGAGGGUGAUUUUUGACUCGUGGAUGGAAAGGCCCCUCUGCUGCCACCAGCACGUACCGCGGGGCCAGCGGCGCGCUCCCCCCCCCCCGAAAGCCAGAAUCCCUCCUGGCCACCCCACAUGAAUUUUUUGGGGGUCCUUCACCCGCUGCGGUGCUCGGAAGGCGAUGGGGACUCGGGGAAGGCUGGGCCAUGGUGCUGCUUGUUUCUGUGCAGGGAUGUGACGUCUUAGCCAGAGAGGCUUUGCAGGAAGCGUGUCCCCCUCCCUCGGCUGCGGUGCAGGGAGGGUUUGGUGGUAGGUAGAGGAACCCAGGGGGUCCGGGCAGAGGUUUCGGGGGGCUCUUUGUGCUGGAGAGGCCCCCCCCCCGGCGAAAGGAGGGCUGUGGGAGAACGAGAAGGGUUUGCAAACCCUUGCAGAGGGUUUAGAGGCUUGGCUCUGUUAGCAGAGCCUCGUUCUUUCGCUUAAACUUUGACCUGAAGCAAGUGUUGGGAAAGGGUUUUGCAAGACGCCGUUGGGUCACUCCCUUCCCCGCGUGCCACUCGAGCUGCAGCAGCUUUCGGGAGCGAAUCCCCUGCCAGCUUUCACUUCUCUUCCAACUUCUCUGCCUCUUGUGCUUUCCCCGAGCACGGGCAGCAGGUGAGUGGGCUGUGCCUCCGGCAGGGGCUCUUCGCCAGCCCCUCCUCGGGGUCUCGCUGGCCUCCCCUUUGCGCUCUGGCCCCUGAGCUGCGAUUCCAGCUGCGGAGGAGAACAGCGACUUUGCAGGAAGCUUUCAGCCGGUCUCGUAGUCGCGCAUCACGUUAACUUCACGCCAGCUCUGUAGGAAGCAGUAUCUGUGAGCAGACCACUGGGGUUUUCACAAGAGACUUCAAGUCGCAUGCCUCCACUUCUUUUCUUUUUCUUUUUUACACGCCCACUGCUUUGCAAAAAGUGCGAGAUGUUUUGAGCAAGCUUCUCUAACCCCAUACGAGGCGUGGGGCCAAUUGCCUUUGUCUGUGAGUCUUUAUUUUUUUUUUCUUCUUUCGUUUUCUUUUCUUUUUCUUUUUUUUUUUUUUUUUAAUGGCAUCCUUUCCGAAACGCAGUGAGCCGAUGUGUGGUAUCUUCCUCUGAGAGCGCAAAACCGUGCAAAGGUGCUGCCCGUGCAUGUUUUUAGGGCAUGUUGUUCUGACCCAGGCUGGGAUCUCGCCCCAGCAGCAGUCUUUGGGAGCUUUGGGACGGGGACGCGGCCCCUCGGGGGGGCUCCAGCUCUUCCCAGCCAUCGGUUCCCCCCCACGAGGGAUCCCUCGUGCUUCUCCCGGGGCGGUGCCUGCAGCAGUUUGGGGGUGGCAGGAUUUGGUGGCACGUAUGGAUGCCGUACGGCCCGGCGACGCGCGGCCGGUCCCCGUCCGCUCGCCACGAGUCCCCGAGGGGGUGAGGAGCAGCGUGAUGGGGUGCGUGGGUGCUAAUUACCCCCUUGAUUAUCGCUCAUUAAGCUCAGAGGAGCAGCCGGGGAGGGGUGGGCAGCGCUUCUGCCCCCCCCCCUUGCAUCCAGGUAGGGCGCAGCCUCCCCUCCUGGCCGCGUUUUGGGGGUGCAGCCGCUGGCGCGGUGGGGUGCUGAGCCCGUGCAAAGCAAAAAAGCCAAUUUCCACCCAAUUUCCACCUUUGGCCGGCGCCUCGGAGCUACGCACGUCCCAAGGGCCCUCGUCUCGGAGCUCCUGCCCGUGUCCCUCUGCCUCCCCGGCCGCCCCCCAAAAAAACGCCACCGUGAGCACGAGGGGAAGGGCGGGCGGCGCGCUCGCUCCUCCGCAGGCUGUGGCCUCGCAGCCUGGGUUUUUUUUUUUUGCAUGUUAUAGCAAGGUGCAUGUAACAAGGAGGGGAGGCAGCGCCGGGUCGGGCGCGGGGUUUGGUGGGAGGACCCCUCGCCGCCGUGCCAUCCCACCCGGGGAGGACCCGGAGCCCACGGGGGCCGCGUGCUGGGUGCGGGACGGUGAUUUUUUUAGGGUUCUCGAUGCUUGAAGGAUCUUAACGCCCGGUGCCUGGAGACUGCCUCCUUUUUUUUUUGUUGUUGUUUUUUUUUUUGUUUGUUUCUUGCUUUUUUUAGUUAUGUUUAAAGGAAAAAAAAUACUGGUGAAAAUGUUAUUUAUUGGCAGAAAUUAUUUAAUAUAAUUUCUUUUUUUUUUUUUGUGAACAAGGAAUGAAUUUGUUAGAACUGUCUUAAUGUAAAUCGGAAGUCAUCUUUAAGGAGAAAAAAGAAAAAAAAAAAGUUAAAAAUUGACACCGU